UGAAACUACAAGUCCCACGGUGCAUUGCUUGUAUGUGAUGUCACAUCCUGGAGCAAGAACAAGGAAGAGACAUGUCUUUGGAGCCUAGCACAGAUGCACCACCUUUGAACCCUGCUGUGGCCCCCUUGGCAUGGCUUCUGGGGACCUGGGUGUCCGAUCCCCUUGGGGAGGGGGAGUUCCCCUCUAUACCAUCAUUUCACUACACAGAGAAAGCUGUCAUAUCACACGUUGGGCAGCCUAUGCUGAAUUUCACGUUUUGUGCCUCCAAUCCUGAAACUGGCAAGCCACUGCACAGAGAAUGUGGAUUCAUCCGUGUGAAGCCAGGAACCAACCAGGUGGCAUUUGUAUGUGCACAGAACAUAGGUGUUGUGGAGGUGGAAGAAGGGGAAGUGCAGGGGGAGCAGCUCACUCUGACCUCACACUCACUCAGCAGAAUAAGCUUUGCCAAGAAGCCUCAUGUGCAGCAGAUUUCCCGCAUCUUCCGUCUGACCCCUGAAGGGAAACUGGAACAGACAGUCUCCAUGGCAACCAGCACACAGACCAUGGCUCCUCACUUACGGGUUACAUACAAGAAAGUGACUUCAUAAUUGCUAGUGUCCAAGAUGUGGAAAUGCCUUACGGGACCUGAUAAUAUUCAAAGCUGCUAAAUGUUCCACCAUGUCCUAAUAAAU